AAAAAAAAUCAGACGGACGCAACUCUUCCUCUUCCUGUCAUCGCCGGCCCUAGCCGUCGCCUCGCCGCCGGCGCCACGCCGCCUCCAUCACACCAAACGCGCCCACAACUCCUCAUCCUCACUAGGACGGAUCGCGCCGCUGUGGCCGCCGCCGGUGAAGCCUUCGUCUUCCUCCAUCUGCCGAGAACGCCGGCCGGCGCCGUGGCCUCCGCCACAGUCGUCAGUCGCCGGCCGACGCCUGGGCCAAAUCCGGCCGCCCCAUCGCCGGAUCCGGCCGCCACCUUGCCGGAUCUGGUCGGGGCGCUUCUCUCUCGGCUGGCGUCGCGGGGAGCCGGCCUCCUCUCCGCGCCUCCCCUCGCGCCCUCCGCAUCCACCGUCGCCGCCGCCUCUCCACACCUCCCCUCACUAGCGACGGCUCCGGCGCAGGAGCACGUGGCGGAGAGGAUCCCGGCGGCGGGCGGAACUCGCGGCUCGCGGCGGCCUGCAUCUUUCCAUGGCCGCCGCACCCUCACCCUCGCCUCUACUAUCCUGCUCCCGCUCACCCCUUCGCUCCUCCUCCUCCCGACCCCAAGUGAACCGCGGCGCUCCCUCCACCGCCGCCGCCGCCGCGAGAUCUCCGGUUGCUCGCGCCAUGGUCGCUGCCUCCGGCCUCGCGCUGCAGCGGGCGGCCGCACCCUGCCCGGCGCGCACGCGCGCUGGCCUCCGCCCCGCCUUCCUCCGAUUCGUGCCGCCGGUGGCGCUGCCACCGCAGCAGCUCCGGUGCUGCGCGUCCACAGUCGGAGAUGGCGUGGUGUCCGCAGAGGCCUCCAAGCCCCGCCUCCCCAGAGUGGUUGUCAUGGGCUCAAAGCUCAUUGGAUGCGGAUCGGCGAUCCCGACACUUAACAUUUCAAAUGCUAACCUUUCAAAAAUAGUUGAAACGUCAGAUGAAUGGAUUGCGGUUCAAACUGGGAUUCGGAAUAGGCGAGUACUUUCAGGGAGGACACUCGAGCAGCUCCCGUCCAGGGUCCUCGCCGCCAUGCCACGCGGGAAGGGUGAGGACGAGUUGGAUGCGGCGUCGACCAAGGUCUGAUGCUUACUCCUACUGUUUUUCGUUGAGAGUUGUGACCAUGUGCGAGCGGUGGAGCAUUGUGUGCAGGCCUUAUGAGAAGCUGAAUUGGUCCCUAUGCGGGGCAUGCUUAGGCAAUAUACUUUGUUUUGGCAUUAGGAUUUAAGAGUGCAGAUUUUGGCUCCAAUUCUAAAUCACAUACAACUUAACACCAUUUUAUAGCCAUGUACAAGGUAACGACAUGUAGGCGUUGAUAAAUUGUAUGCCUGGUAUAUUUGCAUAAGAGAAAUGUGACAGUUACAUCAUGUGGUACUAUAAUAGUCUUCCUAUGUAAUUCUUAUGUUGUGGUUUCUCUCCAAUCCAAUCAGAUUUCCAUUAUUUCGGACUAUAAGUGUGUAAUACUCAUACUAAAUGUUUCCUUACUCCUGCAUUUGUUUCCUUACUCUCCAAUCCACUUCCCUUUUAGUUUGUUGUAAAUCACUUUGAUGUGUUACUUAAGAAUGAAUCGGAUUAAUUGCACGGGCUUUUAGAUGAACUAACGUGGGCGUGGGUGAUAAAACGUCAGCUUCUAUACAAACAAGCAUAUUGUGUCCAGUCCAAUUAUUUGGUCAGGCGAGCAUCGGCUUCCAUCCAAACACACUCUAAAUAAAUAUGUCCUAAGUUAUUUCAUAUGCUGAUUCUCUGUCUCUAAAUAUACAAGCCCCUAAGUAUAUGAGUGAGAGUUUACAGAUUAUUUUGGCUGAAAUGUUUCCUUAGCGUUAGCAUGAGCAUUAUUAAUCUAUUUCAUCAUACGCUAUUAAUCUAUUUCAUCAUCCGCUAUAUGAUUAACAAAAAUAUCAUUGAGAAGCAGUUGUUGGCUUCGAUCUUCGAUUUACUCCAACUGAAGAUAUGGGAUUGUAUUAGCCUAUCAUGUCCUAAACUCCUAUGUAUGGCCUGGUUUGAUGAUUCUUGUAAAAACUCCAGUUAUGGAUAAUCGUGGGUGAUGUCGAUCAUGGC